UCACGUUCAACAUAUUGCAUCGAAUUAUAACCUGAGGGUACCUCACACAACUGCAAACAGUGAUAUUGACACAAACUUUCACCGCGCUGGUGUUUAACUUUAUCUCCGAACAAAAGGAGUAAUCGGGUAUUCCGAUUAAACGUCUAGCAUGGAGUGGACGAUAGUCUUAUCAAUAUUAGCCGGUAUACUCGCCGUUUAUUAUUACUUGUCCCGCAAAGGUACGAACGAGUUUCAGCAACGCGGAAUUCCAUACGCACACGAUUAUUCCUUGUUGAGAAGGAUCUGGGUAAUUUUCGUGCGUACAAAAAGCUUCGCCCAUCACCUAUGUGAAGUGUACAACGUGCAUCCUGACGCCAAGUACGUCGGUACUUUCAACUUCAACAAAUCGAUCGUGAUGAUCCGCGAUCUCGAACUAAUCAAGUCUGUCACUAUAAAAAAUUUCGACGCGUUCCAAGACCACCUUUUCUUCGGCAACGAGACGCAGGAUCCGCUCUUCGGGACAAAUCUGUUUGCCCUGCGCGGCGACAAGUGGCGCGACAUUAGGGUGCUCCUAAGUCCCGCUUUCACAGCCAGCAAAAUGAAAGCGAUGUUCCCAUUGAUAUCCGAGUGCGCUGUGAAUUUUUCGGAAUACGUAACGAGCGUGCCAGCGGAUAAGCGCGUUAUGGAAAUGAAAGACAUAUUUACGAGAUACGCUAAUGACGUAAUCGCCACAUGCGCCUUUGGUAUAAACGUGGAUUCGAUGAGGGACCCGGAGAACGAAUUUUUAAAUUUUGGCAAAAACGCGACAAACUUCGGAUUAAUUCCCCUUAUAAAAAUUUUGCUGUACCAGCACUCACCGUCGCUCAUACGUCUCUUCAAUCUCAAGAUAAUUGACGAUCGUACGACUAAAUUCUUUGUGAAUCUGGUAGCCGACACUAUGAGGAUCAGAGAAGAGAAAGGUAUUACCCGCCCAGACCUAAUCCAGCUGCUGAUAGAGAGCAAAAGUAAAAGAGAGCCCGGAAGAGAAUUGACAAUUAUGAACAUGACGUCGCAGGCAUUCAUUUUCUUCCUCGCCGGCUUCGAGACCAGCUCGACACUGAUGAGUUUCGCGGCACAUGAAAUUGCCACCAAUCCGGACGUUCAAGAGAAACUGCGAAACGAGAUCGACAAGGUUUUGGAAGUGACGAACGGCCAGCCAUCUUAUGAGGCGAUCAACGGAAUGAAGUAUUUAAAUGCGGUUAUCAGCGAGGCUCUCAGGAAGUAUCCGCCGCAGGCAAUGACGGACAGAUUAUGCGUGAAAGAUUUCGAAUUGCCGCCUGCACUGCCGGGUGCAAAGCCGUAUCUCGUGAAGGAAGGAAUGUUACUCUACAUCCCGUUUUAUCCGCUCCAACACGACCCUAAGUACUUCCCGGAGCCGGAUAAAUUCAAGCCCGAGAGAUUCCUCGAUGCAGGAGAUCAAUGCAAUUUGAACGCUUAUUAUCCAUUUGGAGUAGGCCCGAGGAUGUGCAUCGGCAACAGAUUUGCGUUACUGGAGACGAGGGCAUUGUUGUUUCAUCUUCUGGCUCGUUGCCAGUUAAAGCCGUGCGCGAAGACCUCGACAUCUGCAAAGUUACAGAAAGGCGGAUUCUCGAUGCGGCUGGAAGGCGGUUUCUGGUUGAGCAUCGUGCCGAGAAAGGACCAGCACCCUACGAUUAUCGAAGCAAACCAGUCGAGUCGGUGCCAGACCCCGCAGUAACGCAGAUUGUUGCGCAAGCGAUGACGAACUGGAUACUAUAUCAGAAAGAUUGCGUCAGCGCAGCGGCAGUCCAGUGUCAGCUUCCGACGCGUACGGUUGCGUCUUGGUAGCAUUUGCAUCAUUAACAGUGCGACAAAUAAAAUAUUUCAAGAGACAAACUGACUACGAAAAA